CAUGGGGCCAGAAAGGCGAAGCAGUCAGAUACGGGUUUAAUCUAACCCGCAAAACAAAAGUAAGCCUCCAUCCUCACUUCUGGAGGCUGCUGGGUCGGGUAGGUUUGGUUUAAGCGUAACAUCAUUCAACACAAAAACACGGGAUAACCCCAAACGACCACGUGCGCGGUAGGAAACUCAGGUUUGACGUCAGUGUCCAUAUGAGGAGAACCGGCAAGGCCAUAUAUGGUCGUUCCGCUUCUGACGCUAAUCUUUCUGUGGAAAAGAAGGCGGGGCUGCUCUGACCCCGCCCCUCGCACGGCUGUUAUCAAUGAACAACACCAACUCUAAAUCAAAAGCUGAUUUUAAGAGUCCAAAGGGAGAGUUCAGGUGCUCUCUACUUGUAUUUAUAUUCACAUAGGUCACUUUCCAGAUGCACUUUAUCAACGCGUAAAGCAUUUAGCUUACAUAAAUAGGCCUACACUAAAACCUGACACUUUCUUUAUUUGAAGAAAAGUGAGGUGGUGUGUCUUUUAAAUUAUUCUAAGUAGACCUUUUCAGCCAUGUCUUUACGUAGUGAACCUCUGGAGAUAACUGGUAGUGAGCUGGUCCACAUUCUCAGGACCCCCCGGGACCAGUACAGCUCUGCCGGGUGUGUGGUGCUGGACUGCAGACCUUUCCUCGAUUUUACUAUGGCGCACAUUUGCGAGUCCCGAAAUGUCAACUGGAACUCAAUGCUGCGCCGGAGAUCCAAGAGCUCCGUGGUUGCUCUGGAGUGGCUCAUCCCGGACAAGGCGCUCGUGGGCCGGCUGCAGAGAGGAGAGUUUUCCCCGGUGGUGAUGGUGGACGAAAGCAGCCGCUCAGUGUCCGAGCUGAAGGCAGAGAGCGUUGCCCAGAUGUUACUCACAGCCCUGCAAAACGAAGUUCACACGCAGAUCUGCUUUGUACAAGGUGGAUUUCAGGGAUUUUCAGAGGCCUAUCCAGAGCUAUGUUACACCUCUGCCAGCCUCUCUCAAGUGGAACCAGAGCCAAUAGUGACAGGACGGAGGACACCAGCGUAUGAUCAGGAUGGUCCAGUGGAGCUGCUGCCCUUCCUGUUUCUGGGCAGUGCCAUCCACGCGUCCCGCAGAGAGACCCUGAAGGCAGCAGGGAUCACAGCUGUGCUCAAUGUUUCCUCCACAUGCCCAAACUUCUACGAGGGGGAGUUUGAGUACCUGCGGAUCACUGUCGAGGACAGCCUGGCUGCUGACAUCAGGGCCUCCUUCUCCACAGCCAUUGCCUUCAUCGACUCUGUGAAGCAGAGUGGAGGUCGGGUGCUGGUACACUGCCAGGCAGGUAUCUCCCGCUCCGCCACCAUCUGUCUGGCCUACCUCAUGCACACGCAGCGUGUCAAGCUUGACGAGGCUUUCGACUUCGUGAAGCAGCGGCGUCAGGUUAUCUCCCCAAACCUGGCCUUCAUGGGACAGCUACUGCAGUUUGAGACUGACGUCCUCUGCCAAGGAUGAAGAUCCAGACCUGCAUUAUGAGGAAGGAAACAAACAUAAUAAUAAUUUUUUUUUUUGUUGUUCAUUGUGCUGGACUCUGAGUGGUAUCAGGACUCAUGUGUACAAACUUGUAAUUUGUACUUUUGAAAGUGGUACAUUUCAGAAGUGUUCCCUCAGUAGGUUCAGAGAAAAGCUACUUGUGCUGCUGGCAUCACAUGACUGGUUGAUCUGAAGUGACAAAUGGAAACUUCUUACAACAAACAGAUGUUGGCAUUAUAAGCUCCACUGUUAGAACCACAAUAUGAACAUUUAUGAACCCGAGCCAGCAAGGUGGAGCAGCUAUGACAUAAUUUCCCCGGCGUUCUAUCCUUGCAGGGUAUCGUGCCUGCUUGUCUGAUUUUGUAUGUGUUUUUUUUUUUGUGUGUGUGUGUGUGUGUGUGUGUGUGACGUAUGUGCCUGAUCUUUAACAAGGGCUGUCUACUUUUUGACUCAAAGCCAUUCCUUCACAGAUGGCAACCCUGUGACAUGUCAUGUCUUCUUUUGAGACAACACUGUGAUAACUUCUUAAGCUAUACUGGAUGGAUCUAAAGUUUUAUUUUUCUAAUUUGUAAUGAUGCACUAACUAGUUAUUCUCAUCAUUCUGUAACAUGAGAGAGAAUGUACACUCAAAAUGUAAGACAUUCUUUUUUUAUAAUGCAAAUAGAUUUUUAUUUUUGUAUUUAUUACUUCAGCAUUUCUCAUGACAGUUUUAACAUUAUUACUGUCUGUCACUGCACUUUAUACCUUCAGGGUUUGGUUUAUUCCUGCUGUGUUUCCCCCACUGAAAUAAAAUGUGCUGAAGGAA